CCUCAACGCCUUUAUGGCGUACUGUGCUGCCCUGCAAAAUUAGAUCUUUAACUACGUUAGGGUGGCAUAGUACGCACUAAGGACCAAGUCCUGUAGGGAGCCCAGAUACUUAACUUCUGCAAGGAUCCUAUCGGGGGGACUGUCCCCCAGGCCCAUCAGCAGAGCCGGCCUAAAUCCAAAUCAGCAGUUUAGAUCACUGCCUGCAGGGGAACCCGCCUGGGUUUUCAGGCAGGCCCUCAACUCUUAAAAUAAUAAUGAAAUGUAAAACCUAAUUAGAACUAAAUAAUAAAUAAAUAUGAUAUAUAUGUCUAUUAUUUAUGUAUUAUACUGCUGUACUCGUGGGACAUUGCUGAACAAAAAUACGAGAACAGAAACUAUUUAAUUUUGAUAUCAGUGAAAUUGCAGUGUUUGUGAGAAUUCAAAAUGCAAAAAUAAAUAAAUGUAAACAAUAACUUUGCCCACGCUUUGUGACUACUAAAAAAUACUGGACAUACCCAAUUUUAAAUACCCUGGGUUGUCUACUUUAAUAAAUGGUAUGCCAAGAUGGGAAAUAUAAGACAGAUAUCACACUAACGAACUCUAGAACCAAAAUACAUUUAGAUUUUUUGCAGAAAAAAACCAAUAUGAAGCGAAAUCGACCAAGCGGGUCUCCGCCAAAAAAGUAAGAAGGCAAGAGAAAAGUCAGCUGAGGCGAUGUCUGAAUCAAUUUUAAAAUAUGUUGCACCUUCAACAUCUACCGCAGUAGGAGAAAGUGCUGAAGACGUUCAGUCUGGUGAAUCCAGAGGUGAAAUGCCUGAAGUAUCUUCUCAAGAAGCUUCAUAUGUGAAAGUGCAAGAAUUGGAGAAGAUCAUUUUAUCUUCAAGCGGUGAAAGUGAUGUAGACGAAGGAGAUGCCAGCAGAAGCCUGCAUCAGCAAGACUCUGAUGAUGAUGAAGAAGAAGAGGAGACUGUUCGACUGUCAGUUUAUUCUGAUGUUGCUGCUUGGCCAGUUGCAGAUGUUUUAAGAGUGGACCUUAUUAAGAGGGGAAGUGAACCUUUCCAAAAUAGAGAUGAGCCAUUCAGUCCUGUUGAAAGGCAAGGAGAGAAAUCAAAAGGGUAGAGUCGACAGCUGACCACUGUAUGGUUCUAUAAGGCUCUGCCUAAUGGCGAAAAAAUUCUUAGAACAUGGAUGGUUUACUUUCCUUCAAAACAACAUUUGUUUUGUUUUUGCUGCAGACUUUUUGCUGUUGAUGACAAAGAAACAGGGGCAUCCAGUUUUGUUACUGGGUUUCAAUUGUGGUGGAAGCUGAACCCAAAGGUGUCUGAUCAUGAGGCAUCUGAGCAGCAUCUUACAUGCUUGGAGAAAUGGAAGACCUUGAGAGCAGGAUUGAAGCUACAAAAAUGCCUUGAUCAUGUCCAUCAAACAACAGUGGACAGAGAGAAACGGAAAUGGAAGGAUAUUUUGCAUCGCCUUUUGGAUGUAACUUUGUUUCUGGCUCACCAGAAUCUUCCCUUUCGUGGUCAUAGAGAGACCAUGUCAUCCGCAAACAAGGCAACUUCCUCGAAUUGGUAG